CUUCAGCGGUCUCUUGCCUGCAAUAUCUCGUCUGGCUUCUUGAAGUCUGGCUUCAAAGGGUGCUGAUGAGAUCCUUGACCGUCGAGGAUAGAGAGACCGCCAUGGCCCAGGAGCGCGAGUUCUACAGGUACUGCCAGCUCCCCCAGCGGCCUGGCCUCCUCGAUCGACCCCCAGCCUCCCCCCGGACGGAAGCCAGCGUCGAGCUGCUCCCCCAUUCAUCGCAGGACACGACCCUCACUGCGCUGGCGCAGCUGGGGGCUCUGCGACUGAACGCCCAACGCUGCAUGAUCUCGCUCUUCGACCGUCGCAACCAGUACAUCCUCACCGAGGCCACCCGCACCUUGAGCCUGCAGGACGACCGGGUUCACCUCGACGGCGACGCCCUCUGGCUGGGCAGCUGCGUAAUCCCCAAACAGGAUGGCAUCUGUCACUAUGUGUGCGAAGACUCACGGCUCAACGCUGGUCCGCUGGAAUCGGACUCUGCCGGCUGCGACAGACGCUGUGCCUUUGUCGUUCCCGACCUGACCAAGGACGAUCGGUUCAAUAAGAGACAAUAUGUGGUUAACGCACCACGACUGCGGUUCUUCGCUGGCGUGCCUCUCCGCAGUCGUCGGGGCAUUGUCAUCGGUGCCUUCAGCGUGAGCGAUGGAGUCGCUCGGCCAAAUGGAUUGACUGGCCUGGAGAUCCGCUUCAUGACUGACACGGCGGCGGCCGUGAUGAACCAUCUGGACAUGGUACGAUCACACGAGCAGAAUCGACGAGGGGCAAACAUGAUCGCGGGUCUGGGCGACUUUGUCGAAGGAGGGAUCUUCCCAUCAAGCAGUCUCCGACGCAGAAGCAACGUCAAUUUCGAUAAAGACGACCAGGAUGGGAAGGGGGUUACCGACACAACUGAGGAAAAGGUGCGAAACAGCGCUCUCCGCACGCGCCGCGCUCAGACACGGUCUGACCGGCUGGGGGUUCAAGGUCGUAGCCAGCAAGACAAGUCUCCAGCAUUGUUAGAGCCAACGGACCAGAUGGGCUCUGAGUCGUCUGCACCAUCCACCCCGACACGCAAGCGUGAGAACGAAGUGACCCUGAAGUCAGGCACUAGGGAGAUCUUCGGCCGCGCCGCUCGUGUACUACAACAGUCGCUCGACGUCCAAGGGGUCGUCUUCUUCGACGCAAGUGUCAAAUCGUACGCCAGCCUGGUCAGGAACGCCGACGACCAGCCCUCCGAUGGCGAGGUCAGCAGCGGCGCCAGCGAGGCGCUCGAAGGCAGCAGCGACAGCGACGAUCUAACCCCAGGACACUCGUCAACUGAGUCGGAUGACUUGGCGACGUCAGACGUGCUGGGGUUCUCGCUCGAGGACCCCGAACAGCCUACCGGGGCCAUGCGCGAGACCUUCCUACGAUCGCUUCUGCGAAACUAUCCCCAGGGCGCCAUCUUCAACGUCGACGAGAACGGCAGUGUCUCGUCCAGCGAAGGCAGCGACAGUUCGUCAGCGAGCACUGUCUCCCGCGAGAUCGUAUAUCGGCGGCACGAAGGCCCCAAGGUGCAACGUCGGUGGAAACAGCAAAAGCGCCACCGCGCCAGCCUGAAAGAAGAAAACAAAGGCCUGAUGAAGAUCUUCCCCUGCGCACGCUGCGUUACCCUCUUCCCGCUCUGGGACUCCCGGCGGAACCGCUGGUUCUCUGGUCUGUUUCUAUGGACCAAGUCGCCGCGCAGCUUCAAUCUGGGGCACGAGUUGGCGUAUCUGUACGCCUUCUCCAAUAGCAUCAUGGCCGAGAUUCACCGUCUAGAUAUGGAGCUUGCGAACCGCGCGCACGCAACGCUUGUUGGCAGCAUCUCGCAUGAACUUCGCAGUCCGCUCCACGGCAUCCUAGGCAGCACGGAGCUGCUGGGCGACUCAUCGCUCACGCCAGCACAAACAGCACUAGUGAACACAGUCGAGCACUGCGGUCGGUCAUUACUCGAUAUUAUCAACAACAUGCUGGAUUUUGCCAAGAUCAACCAGUUCACGCACCGGUCGCGGUCGUCGCAGUUGAAGAAGCGCUCCGCGCUGCAGCGACGGCCCCCACGGUCGCAUAUGCCCAACAAGCCAGGAAAUGGAGUCGUAAAUCUCAUAUCCGAUGUACAGCUUGACGGUGUGCUAGAAGAAGUUGCAGAGAGCGUCUUCGCGGGUCACUGUUACAACGCAAAGAGCAAGACACUGGCACAAGCACCCCCGUCAGCUCCAAUGAUCGACCAGCAUGGCGAGUUGGUCAUUGCAAGUCCGAACGAGCGCCCCGUUUCAGCAUUUAACGAAUCAUUGACUGUUGUUUAUGAUGUUGCGCCUGAUAUCCACUGGCUAUUUGAGACGCAAGCUGGGGCGUGGCGACGAAUUCUGAUGAAUCUCUUCGGCAACGCGCUGAAGUACACGGAGUCGGGGCAUAUCGCUGUUUCUUUGAAGUCGACGGCGCCGACGGCCAGUAAGUUGUCGAAGAAUUCCCGCGAUGAUGGUGCUGAGAUGGCUGGCGUCACUCUCACGGUCAAAGAUACGGGACAGGGUAUCGACAAGCAGUACCUGGCGAGCAAUGUGUUCAAACCGUUUUCGCAGGAGGAUCCAUUGUCGCCUGGUAGCGGUCUGGGUCUCAGUAUUGUUCAUCAAACUGUGGUCUCGCUGGGUGGCACGGUAGAUGUAUCCUCCGUCAAGGGCGCUGGCACGGAGGUGAUUGUUCAUGUUGAUCUCGCGCGGACACCAAAGGAGGCCACGACAGACCAAAGCCAGAGUCAGCGAGAAUUGCAGCAGACAAGAGAUCUCGUACGAGCCAAAUCAAUCGGCUUGGUUGGCUUUGGUACGCCGUGGGAGCAAAACGAAGAGGCGCUGGCUUUGCUGCGGGGGUCUCUCGCGCGGAUGUAUGUAAACCACUUCGAUAUGAAGGUCGGUUUUGUCACACCUGGGGCUCAGGAUGUCUAUGAUAUAUACGUUGUGCAGCAGACGUAUCUCGGCAGCAUGAAGGAUAUAUACCGCGGGGCUUCUGCGAAGGGUGUGGCUCCUGCUGUGUUGGUGAUCUGCUCAACGCCGCAAACCGCCCAGAAGCUGGCUGGCGAGUGCCGACAUCAAUCGCAUGCUCUAUACGAGUUCAUCAGUCAGCCGUGCGGUCCGUUUAAAAUGGCCAAGGCACUGAAGGCUUGCGUCGAGCGCCAGACACAAGAGCGCCCAAUAAUGGAUACCAAGGAGCCAGAACGAAAAGUCGAGGAACUGAAAACACCAUUUCCACUCACCAUCACUCCUAAGGGCCUGCAGAACGGCACAGUGACCAAAAGAGACGUCGAGCUCAGUCUCACGUCUGCAGUGGCGACCAUCACCGUCAAUGACAACGAGGGCGCAGUCAACGAGAUCCCAGCGACACUUGGAGCCACGCGGGUCGUCCCUUCGGUGUUAUUGGUCGACGACAAUUCGGUCAACCUGCAAUUGCUGAUGGCAGUAAUGAAGAAAGCCAAAUUCCCGUAUUUCACAGCCUGCAAUGGCCUGGAGGCGCUGGAGGCUUACAAGGCGCACGCGAAGGAAAUCCAGGUGAUCCUUAUGGACAUCUCAAUGCCAGUUAUGGACGGCCUGGAAUCAACACGGGGGAUCCGGCUCGCCGAGAAACAGCAGCGCGGCAAAGCCAAACCCACGACGAUCAUCGCGCUGUCCGGACUGGGGAGCGCGUCUGUGCGGGAUGAGGCGCUAAAUUCAGGGGUUGACCUGUUCCUCUCCAAGCCGGUGCGGUUUCAGGAGUUGACGAAGCAGAUUAGGGAGCUGAUGCGAUGACGUGAUUAUUCCUGUUUGAUGCAUUUGGCACGUUAGCGAUACGCAGUUAUGAUGGAGGAUGAACUACCCAGGGUAUAUACGGAGUAUAUAUAGAGCAUUGGUUUCGGAAUAUAUAUUCGCAGAGCGAGAAUUCACUUGAGAUUUCGGUGAUUCGAUGGUUGGAAGUUAGAAUUGUAAACAUAUUGGCUGAAUAUAUUUCUCACCCAGCGUUGUGUUACCAAUUGAAACAGCGACUGCACAUCAUCAU